AUGCAGUCUGACGGGGAAGCCAUCAAGGGAAGCGUAUACAGCGCCGCCGCGGUAUCUCGAGCCGAGCCUGUCAAGGCUCACAUGGAUAGCUUCGGCGAUGUGGAAUCGCAGAUCCAAAUCAGUGGUACGAUUCAUCAAGCACAAACCUCAAGAAUGAACGGUGAAGAAGCCGGAGGAAGCGGCAAAUCGGGAAACGACGACGAGGGCCAACUGAGUCGCUCCUUACAGACCAGGCACGUAGUGUUCAUGGCUAUUGCUGGAAUCAUUGGUCCAGGCUUGCUCGUUGGAAGCGGAAAUGCUCUUGCAACGGCCGGGCCAGCUGGCGCGCUCAUUGCCUUUGCCAUCACUGGCUUGAUCGUCUAUUUUAUUAUGCAAUCGCUCGGCGAGAUGUCGACGAUGCUUCCAGUUCCGGGCUCCUUCAUCACUUAUUCGACUCGCUUCAUCGACCCGGCGUUCGGAUUCGCAGUGGGCUGGGCCUAUUUCUGUCUCUGGCUCUGCGUAUUGGCCAACGAGUACGUUAGCGUCUCCAUCGUCUUGCGCUAUUGGCCUGCAGCCGAAAAGGUCCCCGCCGGAGCAUGGAUCACCAUCUUUUGGUUCGUUUUUAUGGGCCUCUCACUUCUUGGUGUGCUGGCAUUCGGAGAGGUGGAAUUCUGGCUGGCUACGCUCAAAGUCCUUUUCAUCCUCGUCUUCUUCAUCCUGAGCAUCGUCAUAACCGCCGGCGGGACCGGCGCAGGUGUCAUUGGCUUCAAGUACUACCACGAUCCGGGGCCUUUCAAUGGCAUCGGCAUCGACGCACUGAACGGCAUUGCCAAGAUCUUCAUAGUCGCCGGCACGCUGUAUGCAGGUGUAGAGAUGACAUCCGUUGUAGCUGCGGAGUCACGUUCGCCCGAAAAAGCGGUCCCACGCGCCAUCCGCUCCGUUUUUUUCCGCAUCGUAUUCCUCUAUCUCGGCACGCUCUUCUUUAUCUCCCUCACCGUUCCAUCCAACGAUGACCGCCUCGUCAGUGCGGGUUCCAAAGCCGGCUCAUCGCCGCUGACCAUCGCGCUCGAGCGUGGAGGUAUCAGCGCUGCCGCCAGUGUGAUCAACGCCAUCAUCGUCAUCAGCGUGAUCAGCGCAGCGAAUAGCAGCUUGUACAUCGCCAGUCGUACUUUGCAAAGUCUUGCGGUCAAGGGACAGGCCCCACGCUUCCUCAGUUGGACAAGCAAGCGAGACAAAGUGCCAAUUCCAGCGCUCGUGACGACAAACGUGUUGGCGUUAUUCUCCCUCCUGUCCCUCGGAGCGGGUACUUCGAAGGCUUUUACUAUCAUCAUCAACCUCAGCGGAGUCUGCACAUUCAUCGUCUGGGCCGCGAUUGCCUGGUGCCACAUCCGAUUCCGCGGUGCGAUGCGAGUGCAGAACAACGACGUCCACCAGCUGGUGUUCACUGCGCGGUGGUACCCAUACGGCGCCUGGUUCGCGUUAGGUGCCAACAUUUUCCUCUGCUUCUUCCAAGGCUACACGACCAUUCUAAGCCCAUUCGAUGCAGGUAACUUUGUCGUCGCUUACAUCAUUCUACUUGUUUUCGUAAUAUUUGGGGUCACGUGGAAGCUCAUCUUCAAGACCAAAUUCAUCCCUCUACAUGAGAUAGACAUCGACACGGGCCGGCGGUGGGCAACGCGCGCGUCGCUCAAGGCAGAAAAGGCGCAAACACUGCACGAUCAUGGGCUGGGCCGCAGGAUUUUGCGCUAUCUCAACCGGAUUGUAGCAUAG